AUGAAUUCGAAUAAUCAAGAAGCUCGUAUACUCCUUGCUAUCGAAGUUAUUCAUAAAGAUAAAAAAUUAAGCAUUCGAAAGGCUGCUAUGCUCUAUAAUAUUCCUCGUACGACUCUUCGACAUAGAAUGGAAGGUUUACCUCUUCGUACAGAAACUCGAGCGAAUCGUCAUAAGAUUACAGAAUUAGAAGAAGAGGUGAUUGUUCAAUAUAUACUCGAUAUGGAUUUAAGAGGAUUUCCACCUAAACUAAAGAAUGUGGAAGAUAUGGCGAAUGAUAUUCUCGAAUCGAGGGGUGCGAAACGCGUUGGGAAGCUCUGGGUGCAUCGAUUCGUAAAGCGUCGAAUCGAAUUAAAGACGCGUUUUAGUCGUGUUUAUGACUUUCAAAGAGCUCUCUGUGAGGAUUCUAAGCUUCUUGAAGAGUGGUUUCGACUAGUUGCGAAUAUGCGAGCGAAAUACGGCAUUUUGGACGGAGAUUUCUACAAUUUCGACGAAACAGGCUUUAUGAUAGGGAUUAUAUAUGCAGCAAUGGUAAUAACUAGUGCUGAACGAAAUGGCAGAAGCAAGAUAGUACAGCCAGGCAAUCGAGAAUGGGCUACAGCAAUAAUAUGCGGAAAUGGAGAGGGUGAAACUAUUCCCCCAUUUCUAGUAGUUCAAGGACAAGUUCAUCUCUCCAAUUGGUACACCGAAACGAAUCUUCCUGCGGAAUGGGCUAUUAAAUCUACAUCUAAUGGGUGGACGAAUAAUGAGACGGGUUUAGAAUGGUUGAAACACUUCGACAAGCAUACUAAGAAUCGAAGAAAGGGCAAAUAUCGAAUGUUGGUACUGGAUGGGUAUGAAAGCCACGAAUCAAUAGCUUUUCAAGCAUACUGCAAAGAGAACGAUAUUAUAUGUUUACGUUUACUACCACAUUCAAGUCAUUUAACUCAACCACUUGAUGUUGGCUGUUUUAGCAAUCUAAAACGUUCAUAUGGUGGUCAAAUUGAUGGAUUUAUCAAGGCACAUAUCAAUCAUAUUUCGAAGAUUGAAUUCUUUAUAGCUUUUAAAGCUGCAUACGAGGAAUCAAUCACUUCUCAGAAUAUGAAAUCAGGAUUCCGAGGAACAGGUUUAAUCCCAUUUAAUCCUGAAGUUGUACUCUCGAAAUUAGAUAUUCGAAUUCGUACACCUACCCCCCCCUCUUUCGACCUAGAUCAAUGGAUCUCUCAAACCCCUCGCAACCCAACUGAAGCUCUUUCUCAAUCAACAUUAGUUAAAUCUCGAAUAACUCGUCAUCAAGCAAGCUCUCCUACACCUAUAUUCGAGACUGUACUAGCUCUAGCUAAGGGUACAGAGAGAUUAGCUCAUGAAAACACACUUUUAAAUACAGAGAUUCGUACACUUCGGACAGCAAAUGAAGCAUUAAGCAAGCGUCGACGCGCGAAAAAAACCCAAUUACGUCAAGGAGGAGUGCUCACUGGACAAGAGGCUCUUGAUAUAUUAUCUCAGCAAGAGGUUGAUAUUCAGAUUCAAUGCGAUGAGCGUCAAAAAAGGGGGAAUUCUAAUGGGGAAGCAUCUUCUAAUCGAUGUUGUAGUAAAUGCGGAAAGACAGGACAUAAUGCAAGAACCUGUCAAAAUAAUGUAAUAGAUCCUAGAUUAUUAGAUUCUUAA